UGCCCAAAAAAGCCCAAUUCGUAAUCGCCAGCAAUAAUUUCCUUUCGUGACAUAAUAUCUGUUACAUCCAACUGCUGGGCAGGCCCAAUCAUGUCCAUACUGAGACCCCAUUGCUGGCCCCGCAGCACCCUAACCCACUUGUUUGGUGAAAACAAAAACAACAAAAACGGAAGCACAACCACUUUGCAAACACGCCAUGAAUUACCGACCGAUGCUUGUUGUGCUUUCAGUCGAGAUUACGUGCGAUUUUUCUUUUGCAUCGAUUUGAUUUUCCCUUUCUUCGGGCAAGUCAUCGGACAAAAUGGAAAACCAACCAACUGUUAAAUCAGUUACAAAUCGUUGGCGGUGCACGCUGUUGGCGCAUGUAGUUUUUCAUUUUAUUAAGUUAAGUGUUAACUUGUGGUGGAAUGGUUAUUAAGGCAAGAGAUGAUAACACCUUCCCUGCAGUGAAAUUGAUAACUAAAGAAAGGGAAGUAUUUACAGUCACUGAUCGUUGCACGUCUUUUUAGUGUAAGAUCAACGACAGUUUGGGAAAGACAGCCCUCGUUGAAAGGUAAAAUGAAUAUUAAUAGUUUGACAAUGGCAUUGGUAGUUGGAGUACUGAUCAUUUGUACCGUUGAUGGUCAAUUGCUAAAUAAUGGGAGAUCUUCAAGCUUCAAACAUCUCACCGGAGUUCAAUCAACUUCAACCCAAUUGCCGCGGACCCCAAUAGCUGCGAAAAUUACCGCAAAGGUGGCCAGCAACAUCGGCGCUGAUUCGAUGCAAUAUCGCCAUUACAAACGACCCCACGAAGACGACGCAGAUGAUGAUGAUCAAUAUCGUGAUCGUGAUUAUGACAGCAGCAGCAGCAGUGAUGCCAGGAAGCUACCCACUGGGGUCAGUGGGCCGGUGCAUACUUACAUCAAGACGGACAAAAAUGCCAACUUCAAAUGGGGCGUAAGGCACUUUGCUGGGCGGCGGUACCGGGGAUGAAAGAAGCAGGCGAGGUCAACGGUUGAUGAAGAGCUGACCGUCGAGGUUCGCACACUUUGUGGAAUCACCGCUGCUGGGUUGUUUAUUGUGGCGAUUAUUAUUAAUGAACAGCUUUUAGCAAUAUAUACAUAACAGCGCCGAAGAGUGUAUAAUAUAGGCAGCUUUUGCUUCCUAGAGUGAAUCCGCCAGUUUUCGAAUAAAGUUGAGGGCUUAAAGUUCAGUGCAUGCCAUUCGGCAGCAUGCCAACAUUAAGUUAAACUACCCUAAUAAACUGAUUUAAGUCGCACCGCUGCUCACCCAUAGGCAUGCAAACUUAUAGCCAAUAUGUAUUUCCACUGAUUUAGUUUGUUUUCUUAGGAAGUUAGUUUGUCCAAAGAGAGGAAACUAUAAAGCUUAAGCUUAUUGUGGCUAGUUUGGAGUGGGAAUAAUUAACUGCAUCCGAAACAAUCCUGUUUUUUUGUUUGUUUUGUGAGUUUGCAAAUUAGCAAUAUUUCCUGAAUGAAAAAAAGAUCUUUCAAAAAUC